GCGGGCGCGGGCGGGAGGCGCUGCGGGGCCCCGCGGCCGCGGGCUCCAAUGGCGAGGCCGGCGCGGCCCCCGCUAAUUACAUAAGCGGGACGUCAAUAAUUCGCGGGAAAACGCGAAAAAGAUGGCGCCCCGCGCCCGGGGGGCCCCUUCCUGAGCGCCCCGGCCCCUCCCUCCCCCGCCUCCCCCCCCUUUUCCCCGCGGCGCCCCCGCCCCGCCCCGCCCCCGCCGAGACCCCGACCCCGGCCCCACGGGCGGACACUCGGCCGGGCAGCCGCGGGCCGCGCGCAGCCGCCUCCGCCGCCGAUGCGCCUGGUGGCCAGACUCCAAGUGGGACCGGCCGACACGCAGGCUCGCGUGUCAGGGGAAGCUGAUGGAGAAUCGCGCUCUGGACCCAGGCGCUCGGGACUCCUAUGGUGCCACCAGCCACCUCCCCAACAAGGGGGCUCUGGCAAAAGCCAAGAACAACUUCAAAGACCUGAUGUCCAAGCUGACGGAGGGCCAGUAUGUGCUGUGCCGCUGGACGGAUGGACUGUAUUACCUCGGGAAGAUCAAGAGGGUCAGUAGUUCUAAGCAGAGCUGCCUGGUGACUUUUGAAGAUAAUUCCAAAUACUGGGUCCUGUGGAAGGACAUACAGCAUGCUGGCGUUCCAGGGGAGGAGCCCAAGUGCAACAUCUGCCUGGGGAAGACCUCAGGGCCGCUGAAUGAGAUCCUCAUCUGUGGGAAGUGUGGCUUGGGUUACCACCAGCAGUGCCACAUCCCUAUAGCAGGCAGUGCCGACCGGCCCCUGCUCACACCUUGGUUCUGCCGACGCUGCAUCUUCGCCCUGGCUGUGCGGAAAGGCGGCGCGCUGAAGAAGGGCGCCAUCGCCAGGACGCUGCAGGCCGUGAAGAUGGUGCUGUCCUACCAGCCGGAGGAGCUCGAGUGGGACUCGCCCCACCGCACCAACCAGCAGCAGUGCUACUGCUACUGCGGCGGGCCCGGAGAAUGGUACCUGCGGAUGCUGCAGUGUUACCGGUGCAGGCAGUGGUUCCACGAGGCCUGCACCCAGUGCCUCAAUGAGCCCAUGAUGUUCGGAGACCGGUUCUACCUGUUCUUCUGCUCCGUGUGUAACCAGGGCCCGGAGUACAUCGAGCGGCUGCCCCUGCGAUGGGUGGAUGUGGUUCACCUGGCCCUCUACAACCUGGGGGUGCAGAGCAAGAAGAAGUACUUUGACUUUGAGGAGAUUCUGGCCUUUGUCAACCACCACUGGGAGCUCCUGCAGCUUGGCAAGCUCACCAGCACCCCCGUGACGGACCGAGGACCGCAUCUCCUCAAUGCGCUCAACAGUUACAAAAGCCGGUUCCUCUGUGGCAAGGAGAUCAAGAAGAAGAAAUGCAUCUUCCGCCUGCGCAUCCGGGUCCCGCCCAACCCGCCAGGGAAGCUGCUGCCCGACAAGGGCCUGGUGCCCACUGAGAGCGUGGCCUCCUCUGAGCUGCGUAAGAGAGGAAAGAGCAAGCCUGGUUUGUUGCCUCAUGAAUUCCAGCAGCAGAAAAGGCGAGUUUAUAGAAGAAAAAGAUCAAAGUUUUUGCUGGAAGAUGCUAUUCCCAGUAGUGACUUUACCUCAGCCUGGAGCACCAACCACCACCUGGCCAGCAUAUUUGACUUCUCGCUGGACGAAAUUCAGAGUUUGAAAAGCGCCAGCUCGGGCCAGACCUUCUUCUCCGACGUGGACUCCACGGAUGCCGCCAGCACCUCCGGUUCGGCUUCCACCAGCCUCUCCUAUGACUCCAGACGGACAGUGGGCAGCCGCAAGAGGAAGCUGGCGGCCAAAGCGUACGUGCCCCUGCGGGCAAAACGGCGGGCAGCCGAGCCGGGUGGACGCUGCCCCUCAGACAGCAGCGCGGAGGGGGCUUUGGGCCCCGAGCGGCCGGACGAGGGAGUCGACAGCCACACCUUCGAGAGCAUCAGUGAGGAUGACUCAUCCCUGUCCCACCUGAAGUCCUCCAUCACCAACUACUUUGGCGCGGCUGGGCGGCUAGCCUGUGGGGAGAAGUACCAGGUGCUGGCCAGGAGGGUCACGCCCGAGGGCAAGGUCCAGUACCUGGUGGAGUGGGAAGGGACCACCCCUUACUGACGAGCCCCAGGGGACGCUGGCAGCCCGUUCUCUCCAGGCCCGGGCGGGGGAGGAAAGCAAGACAGCUGCGAGUGCCUGUGGCCGAAAGGCCCUCCCGCCUGCCUGCCAGGCCCAGGCCGGCGCCUCUCUGCGUGCCUGUUCCGCUCUUGGGCCUCGUCAGGCUCGCCACCCCUUUGCCUGUGUGUCUAAGGUCCCACUGGCUGUCACUCAGUGUCUUCACACUCUCCCUCCAACCGUUUACCUGUAACUGAAUGUGUGUCCCCGUGGCGCUAGGACCCUUCUCCCUGAGGCCCGAGUCUUUCUCUUCGUCCCAUUAUGUCCCUUUACCUCUCUCCUACCCCGUUUGGGGGGGGGGGGGGUAUUUACACACCCACGCGCGCAUGGCUGUCCCCGUACCGGAUGUCCUUCACAGCUGACCCGCGGGCAGCCGGUCGUCCCAGGGACCACGGUGUGCCCAGGGAACCUUCGAGCAUGGCUGAAGGUGAAGAGGACGCCCCUCCGAGCUUUUCCCUCCCCCCUCUGCUGCCCCUCCCUGCUGUGAGAGUGGGAGGCUGCCUCUGCCGGUGAGGCAGAGACCCCGGGGCUCUCGGGAUCCCAGGAGCCAAGAGGCUGGGUCUCUGCCUCAAGGCACCAACACCAGAGCUCGGUUAGUACAGGCUGCAGGUGUCGCUGCAGGUGUCGGCUUCCGAGGUCCCAGAGUUGGUCCUUUCUCUGGCCCCGCCCCCUCAUCGUUGCCGAGGUCCUGGCCUCAAAAACUUGCAGGACAGGAAGGGGGAGGAAAGGAGACCUCAGGCUGUCUCCUGUGCCUCCCACCCCCAGACCCACCUCACACCCAGCCGAGCGAUACCCACUCUCACAGAAGCUGCCAUCCACACGUGCGCUUUCACCCUCGCGGCCUACACACCACCCGCACGCACACACGCGCACCCCGCUCCCUCCGGUGCCAGCCUGGCUCGUGCCCUCUGCUCUCCCGUGGCCCUCUUCAGGGGCCCUGUGCUGCAACUAAAUGUGAAAGUCCAGCUCCGGCCCCUUCGUCCUGCCCAUGAACCAGCUAGGACCCCACAGGGAGGCGUGGAGGGUGCACACCCUCUUCCUCACCCCCUGCCGCACCCUGAGACUGACAAUCACUUUUUGGGACAGGUUGGGACUUUUAAAAGGCUUGUGUUGUUCAGUCCCCCCAAAGGGAAGCCUUUGUCAGCGGGGGUAUAAGUAGAAUUCUUAGAACUGACAUUACAACUCAUACCAUCUGGAGGGAAACCAAAAAUGAGAAGGGGAGGGGACCCCUCAUUUUUGCUGCUUCCAGAGAGAUUAGAAACUGACCCACUUGAUUGGAAAGUAGGAAGAAGUGCCUUGACUAGGGCAGGGGGUGGACCAGAUGGGGACCAGCCUUGCCAACUGCCACCAUGGCCUCCAGCCUGGCUGAGUUCUGCAGGCUGCCAGCUGCAAGGCGAAAGUGGGUGAACGAAGGGGCGGCAGUGGGGGCAGCAGGCCUGGGGGGCUGGUUUUUCCGUUGCUGUGCACAUCAUGGAGUCCCUGAGAUUGUUCAGACGCCCCUUGCCUUAAACCUCAGCUCCUAUAGUGCCUUUCACACGGGACCUCACCUGCACGUGGCCCACCCACUCCCCUCUGCUUCCCCAGCAGGACCCAGGCAGGGAACAGCUGGGGUUGGGCCCAGUUCUCUCCCUUCUCAGCCCCACAGCUGCUGCCACGGAAGCCCCCCCGCUGGGGCCAGAUGGAAGGGGAGCCGAGAAGCCAGCCCCCAGCCUAGCAGGGGUGUGGGACCCGGCAUCCAGUUUGUGGCUUCCUGCCUGUCUUCGGCUUUCUAGGCUUCUGGGAAAGCACUGGAUGAGCAAGGCCUACCACAGUGCACCUGUACCUUCUCUACUCAAGCUCCAGAGAGGCUCUGGGCCGGAAGAGGGGAGGGGGUGUCUUCCUCACUUGGGAAGUCAGAGUAAGGCCUGGGAAGGCCACCCUGGCUCCACACCCCAGCAUUUCAUUCAUAGCAGAUAAUAGCUGCAUUACUGCCAACUGACCUUAUAAUAACCCUGUGCACCUUUGAAAAGAUUUAUGGUUUUGAAUUGCUGCUUUUAAUAACAUUUGUUAUAUUAAAGUUAUAAUUAAUA